AUGUCUUCUCGCUCCACAACUAUUCCCCAUCGAUCUUCAGUCUCGUCGACCACUUCGUCGCAGCAUUCCCAGCAUUCCCAGCAGCCUUCUCAGCAGCCUGUCCCCUCUCAAGCCAGGAUACAGCCGCCUCAUAGACUGACCGCCCAGCAACUCGCCGACCGUGUCAUCUCGCCGGCCUCGGUGCUUUUCCCACACGGUUCUGCCCCUCCUCCACAAAGAGAUCGCCUGCCCGAGCAACGGCGGCCGCUCCACCAGAUGGAUCGGAGGCAUCCCAGUUCCUUCCAGCAACUGGAGAAGUUGGGUGAAGGCACGUAUGCCACCGUUUACAAGGGCCGGAACCGACAGACGGGCGAGCUCGUCGCCCUGAAAGAGAUCCAUCUCGAUUCCGAAGAAGGCACGCCGUCGACAGCGAUUCGAGAGAUCAGUUUGAUGAAAGAGUUGAAGCAUGAAAACAUAGUCACACUGUACGAUGUCAUCCAUACGGAGAACAAAUUGAUGUUGGUCUUUGAAUACAUGGACAAGGACUUGAAGAAAUACAUGGACGCUCGUGGCGACCGAGGCCAACUGGAUUCAGUCACGAUCAAGAGGUUCAUGCAGGAUUUACUGAGGGGAGUGGCGUUUUGCCACGAGAACCGAGUCCUUCACCGUGAUUUGAAGCCUCAGAAUCUUCUCAUCAAUACCCGGGGACAACUCAAGUUGGCAGAUUUCGGUCUCGCACGAGCCUUUGGGAUCCCAGUCAACACCUUCUCCAACGAGGUUGUGACGCUUUGGUACCGGGCGCCGGAUGUGCUUCUGGGCUCUCGAACGUACAACACCAGCAUCGACAUCUGGUCGGCUGGUUGUAUCAUGGCGGAAAUGUACACCGGUCGGCCGCUAUUCCCCGGCACCACCAACGAGGAUCAACUACAGAAGAUCUUCCGACUGAUGGGCACGCCCUCCGAACGAACCUGGCCGGGCAUAUCUCAGUUGCCCGAGUACAAGGCCAACUUUCCAUCUUAUGCCACACAGUCAUUAGCCAUUCUGCUGCCGCAGGUGGACCAAUUGGGCCUCGACCUGCUGGGCAAGCUGCUGCAGCUCAGACCCGAAAACCGAAUCAGUGCACAAGACGCCCUGACACAUCCGUGGUUCCAGGAUCUCCCUAACUACAUCGGACAAGGCCGAGCUCAGGUCAGUUCGUCUAUGCACCAGCCCAGCCAGUUGAGUCACCAAGGCGGGGUGCCUGGAGGAUAUGGGACGCAACCGGGGAUGGUAGGCCCAGGGGGAUAUUGA